UACCACGACAAAAACAACAAAUUCGGUACUUAUGUAACAUACAAAUUUACGUAAAGUACUCAAGGUUAUUAAUACAAAAUGGAAGAAGAGGAAAAACAAGAAAAGACAAAAAAAAUCUUCAGUCAAGAGGUAUGGAAGGAACCCUGUUUCAGAGAUACAAUGUUAGUUGGUAGUUCUAGUGGACUUAUAAGUGGUCUUGCUACUUUCAUAUUUACAAGCAGUGGACGGAAAAUGUUCCAUGCAUCAUUUCUAGGAUUUUUGGUUCCAUACAUUGGUUAUGGAUCUUAUUGUUGGUACACCACAUCAAAACAGCAGGCAUACAUAGACAAAAUAAAUGAAACAAUAUCAAAAAUUGACAAAGAUGAACCAAUAUAGACAAACUGUGCCAUUUCUAUAGUUGUGUGUAACAGUUAUAAUGUAAUAUGACGGGAUGUGAUCCUGAAUCAUUACUUGCCUUGGACGAGGAUUCAUUUUACAAACUCAUGUUAUUUCAUGUGUUCAUUGUUGAUGUGCCAAAUUGUUGAUUUGUCAACUUUCAUCCCUAAAAAAAUGAAUACACUUGUCUGACUAUUUUCAAUUUGAAAUACAAGAAGACUUUUGAGUUGA